AUGGAAUUCCCCGUCCCCCAUAUUCAUGCUCACCAGGGCACCCACACUCACACUGCUAUUCUACUUCACGGCCGCGGGAGCGAUGGCCCCGAAUUUGCUGAGGAUUUCUUUUCUUCCAUGACCUCCAAAAACAAAAAUCUGGCUGAUUGUCUGCUGAACUGGCGUUGGGUAUUCCCGUCCUCGCGAGACCGAUGGACCACCGCAUUUCAAGAAGAAAUGCCUGCUUGGUUCGAUGCAUACUCCCUGAGCAACAUCGACGAACGACAGGAUCUACAAGUAGAAGGGCUGAGAGAGUCUGUUGCUCAUAUACUCGCCAUUCUUGAAAGCGAGAUACGUCUCCUUGAUGGGAAAACAAGCCGUGUUUAUCUAGGAGGCAUCAGCCAAGGGAUGGCAACUGCGCUGUGGACGGUUUUCUGCGCCAGAGAUACAAUCAAGCAGCCACUUGGUGGAGUAUUAGGAUUUUGUGGCUGGUUACCAUUUGCCAACAAGGCAGAAAAUUUGAUUCACCAGUCGGAGGCAACGAAUACGCAACGUGCUCUUCCGCAGAUGCAGCGCCUGGUAUCUGAUCUCUUUCUUACUACAAUUGGUAUCUCUGAGGCUACACAGGCAGUGAGUGCUGGGGACAGCGUCUCGCCCGUUUUUUCGACACCGGUUUUGUUGGGCCAUGGAACAGACGAUGCCUGGGUACCUGUCGAACUGGGCCAGCAGUCAUUUCGAAUUUUGCGAGAGGUCAUGCAGCAAGUUGAGUGGAUGGAGUUUACGGGUGCAGAGGGGGAGGGACAUUGGAUUAAGGAGCCUGAAGGGUUCGACCGUAUCUUUGAGUUUUUGGGAGCGGGUUCUGUUGAAAGCUAG